AUGGCAAAGGUCGAGGGUAACAGUACAGCGAACGCCGACAACGACAGUCCAGCGACAGCCGUCGACGACAACCCAGAGGCAGUCGCCGGAGAAGGAUCAUCCAAUGGCGAGGGUGACGGCCCAGCGAUAGCCGAGGACCACAGACCAGGGAAAAAGGACAGCGAAAGACCACAGACAAGCCAUGGCGAGGUGGGCAGCACACCCAACGUCGAGGGUGAUAUCUCAGCGACUGUCCACGGCGAAAGCGCUGUAAGCGGCGAGUGCAACAGAGCAGCGACCGACGACGGAGGGAACAUGGCCAAGGGCGAGGGUGACAGCCCAGCGAAAGCCGACGGCGACCGCCCAGCGAACGCCGACGGCGACAGCCCAGCGAACGCCGACGGCGACAGCCCAGUGACCCCCAACAACGACAGUUCAGAGACAACCGUCGACGACAAUCCAGACACAUUCGCUGGAGAAGGAUCAUCCAAUGGCGAGGAUGACGGCCCAGCGAUAGCCGAGGACCACAGCCCAGGAAAAAACGACAGCGAAACACCACUGACCAGCGAUGGCGUGGAGGACAGCGCACACACACACACUCACUCGCCGGUGAUACUUUUCUCGGCGACAUCAUUCUGUGCGCUGUCGCCCGCUGACCAGCGAAGGCGAGAGCGACAGCGCAUGCAACUACGACGGCGAGAACAAAAUCACCGGCGAGUGGGUGACCGCCCAGCGAUAGCCGAGGACCACAGUCGAGGCAAAAACGACAGCGAACGCCCACUGACCAGCCAUGGCGAGGGCGACAGCACACCCAACGUCGAGGGUGAUAUCUCAGCGACUGUCCACGGCGAAAGGGCUGCAAGCGGCGAGUGCAACAGAGCAGCGACCGACGACGGAGGGAACAUGGCCAAGGGCGAGGGUGACAGCCCAGCGAAAGCCGACGGCGACCGCCCAGCGAACGCCGACGGCGACAGCCCAGCGAACGCCGACGGCGACAGCCCAGUGACCCCCAACAACGACAGUUCAGAGACAACCGUCGACGACAAUCCAGACACAUUCGCUGGAGAAGGAUCAUCCAAUGGCGAGGAUGACGGCCCAGCGAUAGCCGAGGACCACAGCCCAGGAAAAAACGAUAGCGAAACACCACUGACCAGCGAUGGCGUGGAGGACAGCGCACACACACACACUCACUCGCCGGUGAUACUUUUCUCGGCGACAUCAUUCUGUGCGCUGUCGCCCGCUGACCAGCGAAGGCGAGAGCGACAGCGCAUGCAACUACGACGGCGAGAACAAAAUCACCGGCGAGUGGGUGACCGCCCAGCGAUAGCCGAGGACCACAGUCGAGGCAAAAACGACAGCGAACGCCCACUGACCAGCCAUGGCGAGGGCGACAGCACACCCAACGUCGAGGGUGAUACCUCAGCGACUGUCCACGGCGAAAGGGCUGCAAGCGGCGAGUGCAACAGAGCAGCGACCGACGACGGAGGGAACAUGGCCAAGGGCGAGGGUGACAGCCCAGCGAAAGCCGACGGCGACAACCCAGUGACCCCCAACAACGACAGUUCAGAGACAAUCGUCGACGACAACCCAGAGACAUUCGCUGGAGAAGGAACAUCCAAUGGCGAGGGUGACGGCCAAGCGAGAGCCGAGGACCACAGCCCAGGCAAAAACGACAGCGAAACACCACUGACCAGCGAUGGCGUGGGGGACAGCGCACACACACACACUCACUCGCCGGUGAUACUUUUCUCGGCGACAUCAUUCUGUGCGCUGUCGCCCGCUGACCAGCGAAGGCGAGAGCGACAGCGCAUGCAACUACGACGGCGAGAACAAAAUCACCGGCGAGUGGGUGACCGCCCAGCGAUAGCCGAGGACCACAGUCGAGGCAAAAACGACAGCGAACGCCCACUGACCAGCCAUGGCGAGGGCGACAGCACACCCAACGUCGAGGGUGAUACCUCAGCGACUGUCCACGGCGAAAGGGCUGCAAGCGGCGAGUGCAACAGAGCAGCGACCGACGACGGAGGGAACAUGGCCAAGGGCGAGGGUGACAGCCCAGCGAAAGCCGACGGCGACCGCCCAGCGAACGCCGACGGCGACAGCCCAGUGACCCCCGACAACGACAGUUCAGCGACAGCCGUCGAUGACAACCCAGAGACAUUCGCUGGAGAAGGACCAUCCAAUGGCGAGGGUGACGGAGCAGCGACAGCCGAGGACCAAAGCCCAGGCAAAAACGACAGCGAAACACCACUGACCAGCGACGGCGUGGAGGACAGCGCACACACACACACUCACACACACACGCACCCGCAGGUGAUAGUUUUCUCGGCGACGUCGUUCUGUGCGCUGUCGCCCGCUGACCAGCGAAGGCGAGGGCGACAGCGCAUGCAACUACGACGGCGAGAACAAUAUCACCGGCGAGUGGGUGACCGCCCAGCGAUAGCCGAGGACCACAGCCCAGGCAAAAACGACAGCGAAAGCCCACUGACCAGCCAUGGCGAGGCCAACAGCACACCCAGUGUCGAGGGUGAUAUCUCAGCGACUGUCCACGGCGAAAGAGCAGCGACCGAAGACGCAGGGAACGUGGCAAAGUUCGAGGGUGACAUCCCAGCGAAAGCCGACAGCGACAGCCUAGUGACCCCGAACAACGACAGUCCAGCGACAGCCGUCGACGACAACCCAGACACAUUCGCUGGAGAAGGACCAUCCAAUGGCGAGGGUGACGGCCCAGUGACAGCCGAGGACCACAGUCCAGACAAAAACGACAGCGAAACACCACUGAUCAGCGAUGGCGUGGGGGACAGCGUAAACACACACUCAUCGGUGAUAGUUUUCUCGGCGACGUCGUUGUGUGCUCUGUCGCCCGCUGACGAGCGAAGGCGAGGGCGACAGCGCACACAACUUCGUCGGCGAGAACACAAUCACCGGCGAGUGUGA